UUGAGGAGACCCCGACCAGCGGCGCUGCUUAGUGACUGACAACAAUCUGAGGCGCAUCAUGACGGGAUUACAGGCUCCGAGCGCAGCGGCCUCCCGGCAGUAGUGUGUGUGUCUGCGGGAGAGAAGCUGGAGGACGACGGUUCCCCUCUCGCCCUGCUCGCUGCGUGUUUCUCCGGGUCCCAGAGAGCGGCUGCUGGAGGCUGAUGGCCGGCUAGCUGCUGCCUGGACUCCACCGCGGCCUGCUCGGGAGGAGGAAGGGUGGUGACGGCGCAGAAUGCUCCACCGCUGACUCCCCGGCCAGACACCCAUCCAGCCCGGAGGCUCGCCGCGAGUCGGACGACGAGCACGAUGCACUUGUAGACUUUUGACAGGCUCUUCUACUCUCCGAUCUUUUGUGUUGUGGUCGGCUGUGGAGGCUGUGGACGCCAGCGAGCCGCCCUGCGUACCCCGAGUCCCCCCCCCCAGCCCGAGACAUGUCCUCCAACUGCACCAGCGCAGCGCCUGUCAGCGCCAGCAAGACCAAGACGAAAAAGAAGCAUUUUAUAGGACAGAAAGUGAAACUCUUCCGAGCAAGCGAGCCCAUCCUCAGCGUGUUAAUGUGGGGGGUCAACCACACGGUUAACGAGUUAUGUAAUGUGCCUGUACCAGUAAUGCUGAUGCCAGAUGACUUUAAAGCCUACAGUAAGAUCAAAGUGGACAACCACCUAUUUAACAAAGAAAACCUGCCUAGUCGCUUUAAGUUCAAAGAGUACUGUCCCAUGGUGUUCAGAAACCUGAGGGAGAGGUUCUGCAUCGACGACCAGGACUACCAGAACUCUCUGACGAGAAGCGCCCCGCUUAACAGCGACUCCCAGGGUCGCUUUGGCAACCGCUUCCUGUCCAGCUAUGACCACCGCUUUGUAAUCAAAACAGUGUCCAGUGAGGACAUCGCUGAGAUGCACAACAUCCUAAAGAAAUAUCACCAGUUUAUAGUGGAGUGUCAUGGCAACACGCUGCUCCCUCAGUUCCUGGGUAUGUACAGGCUAACGGUGGACGGGGUGGAGACCUACAUGGUGGUAACCCGGAAUGUAUUCAGCCAUCGUCUCACUGUACACCGCAAAUAUGACCUGAAGGGUUCUACGGUCUCUAGGGAAGCCAGCGACAAGGAGAAGGCUAAAGAACUCCCCACUUUAAAAGACAACGACUUCCUGAAUGAUGGCCAGAAACUGCAGAUAGGAGAUGACAACAAGAAGUACUUUUUGGAGAAGCUAAAACGGGAUGUAGAGUUCCUUGCCACCCUGAAGAUCAUGGACUACAGUCUCCUGGUGGGCAUCCAUGAUGUGGAUCGGGCGGAGCAGGAGGAGAUGGACGUGGAUGCUGCCGGAGAGGAGGACGAGUACGAGAACGAUGGCAUGGGCGGAGGCGUGCUCACCGGCUCGUUCGGCACGCCUCCCGACAGCCCCGGAAACCCUCUCAACUGUGGAGGCUUCUUUGGCCCUGGGGAGUUCGACCCCUCUGUGGACGUUUACGCAAUCAAGAGCGACGACAGUGCUGUGAGGAAGGAGGUAUACUUCAUGGCGAUCAUCGACAUCCUCACGCACUAUGACGCUAAGAAAAAAGCUGCACAUGCUGCCAAAACUGUGAAACACGGGGCGGGGGCCGAGAUCUCGACAGUGAACCCGGAGCAGUACUCCAAACGAUUCUACGAGUUCAUGUCCAGCAUCUUGUCAUAGACUCAUCUCUCAUGUCCCAGUCCAGCCGGUCACUUCCUGUCAUAGAUCUGUCAGAAGCCACGCACUUAUUUCUCUUCUCUCACCUCGGUGUUGGUCCAUCUCCCCCCUGCUUCUCCACCCCCUUUAAAAAGAGAACCCUCCAGGUCCUGCAGCCAGGAUGGAUGUACCAAGCCUGUUACUCUCCCACAGAAAACGCACCACCACCUGGUUCCUCAUCCGCAGCAAAGAAAACUCAUGAAAUCCCUCCCUGAAUUUGGAAUGAGCUCCCGAUAAUCUCCCUCUCCUUUUUUAAAUAAUGUAUCUGCUCCUCAGCCACCUUGUUGCCCCUCACGCCAGCACGGAAACUGUCUCACUAAUGCCUUGAAUGAGUGUGUCAGCUUCAGCAGUUAUCAGUCUCUUAGUACAGUCUCUUCGGUUCCUGUUCAUGUACUUGUUGUUCUUAUGUUUUCUAUUACACACACAGAUGUAAAGACUCACAGAUGCAGAACGGUCAGAUUGCAUGACAAACCCUUCGACAGUCGCCAUCAGGCUUUUCUCUCAGUAACAAAAAAAACCACAGCUGAUAAAUUGGAAUGACAGUUGAUCAACAUUAAUAUAUAACGGUGUAUUAAGUAAAUUAAUGCAAUAUCAAAAAUGCAUGGCUGAUGUGUACAUGAGACUCCACCAGUAAGUUGAAACAUCAAACCACUGAAACUUAGCAUCUGAGUGUGAUGACUAAAAUAAGAAAAGAAAAAAGAGAAAAAAAAAUUGCUGUUUGAAUGUUACGUUGCCAUAUUGUUUUUGAAUAUUUUUGAAAUUUUAACCGUGAGCUUGGUGGAGGUUGGUCAAAGAAAAAAAGAAUCACAUUAAAAGGGGAAUCCUGCAGCAAAUACUUGUUUUAUUACCAUAAGGAUCAUUUUUAUAUCUUGUUUACAUUAAUGUAGCAAUUUUGUGUUUGUAUACAGUAUUGUUUUGUUACCAACAGACAUUAGAAAAAAAAGGUUACUUGAAAAUGAUUCAUUGCAUAUUAAAGGGAGUUUUAUCUUG